GCCCUGGCUCUGUCCUCUGGGCCAUGGAGAGCCUGCGGGCUGGGGCUAUAGAGGAAGGAGGGGCUUUGGCAAAAGGGAGCCUGGGGGUCAGAAAAGGGGGCCCUGGAGCAGUGUCCAUAUGCGGGGUGAUGAGGCCAGAGUCAGGGUGGAGAGGGGGCUCACGUGGGGAGGCUGAGAGGCUGGUCUUCGGGCCAUCUUACCAGCGCCCAUCCUGAGGUCCUGCCCACCUCUGACCUGCCUCUAGGGUCCUCCUGAAGAACUUGUCACCACCCUCCACUUCUCCCUGCUGUAGACGUUGGCCCCUGCUCUGGCCCCAGGGUGUGGUGGGGAAGAGUGUGUGCUCUAAAGUCGGCCAAGCUGCCUGGAUCCGCUGAACUGCAAGAGCCAUCGGGCUCCUGUGGGGCUCCGGGCAAGUUUUCCCCUCUGGGCCCUGGCUCCUCAUUCAGCAGAUGGAAAAACGCCACCUGUACCCAGGCUGCUGUGAGGCUCAGGUGAAACAGGUUACCCAUUUCUGAAGGCGCACAGCGAUGUGCGGGGGACGGACAGGCUCCUGGCUGGGGCCUCCUGAGCCUGGUCUUGACGUUGUGAUGUCCAUCCUCAGGUCAUAACAGAAAUCGAGGUGACUGGGGUUUGUUGGGGGCUGAGAAGCAGUGGCCAGGGACGCAGCCCACUUCUAAGGAGCUUUAGGGUCAUGGGGGCAGCACAGGUGCACGGGUGCACCAAGGAGGUGCCUGCCGCAGACCCUGUCAGGACAGUGGGAGUCGGCCAGAUCAGGGGGAGGGAAAACGCCCAAGGGACAGGACGCGGCAUGUGAGCAAGAGAGCAGGGUGUUUGAGGACCAAUGAGAAACGUAGGGUGGUUGCCAGUGCAGAGGGUGUGUAGGGGUCAGGAGGUGGUGAGCUUCGGAGAGUCGGGCUGGGCCUGAGUCACACAGGCCCUUGAGGGCCAUGGUGAGGAGACCAGAUACUGUCCUGAGGGUAGAGGGGAGCCAUGAAGGGUUUCUGAGCAGGGGAGAGGCCGUGAAGUUGUGAGCUGACCAGGGGGUGGUCCUGGAGGGUUUAGAGCAGAGUAGUGAUGUGGUCAGAUGGGUAUUUUGGAAAAAUUUUCCUGGAUGAAGUGGAGGAUGUAGCAGGUAGAGGCAGGUACCAGGGCCCAGGGCGGAGUGGGUGGGGGCCUGGAGUCGGGCAGGGGCCGAGGAAGCCUUCUCUCACCUUGAGACAGGUCUUGUGGAUGCUUUUGUCCCCUGGUAGCUUUCAGCUGAAGGAGACCUCUCCACGGAGCAGCCUGAGCUUCCUCCCCACAACACAUGAGAUUUCAUUUCUCUCCUCGUUUCACUUUAGGGAGAAAAAGCCCACUUUGUGCUCCCGAUAACCUUUUUCAAAGGUGGAUUCUUAACCACUGCGCCACCAGGGAAGUCCCUGAUUCAUCUUUUAAGUGACCUGCCUGACCAUGAAGACAUCUGAGUUGCAGCCUGCUGCAGGGCCAGGGAAACGACAGAGUCAAACCAGCCAAGAGAAGACAGGAAUAGAGUGGAGUCUGGGGACACAACAGCUGCUGAGCUUCCGCUGUCCUGUCCACGUGAAGUCAGGGUGUGUUCACUUCCCUGCAUCCAUGAGCGACAAUAUGCACAGAGCACUGCCAACAAGGGCAGCUCACCUGAGCCUCCGGCAUUCAGAGUUCUGAUCGGGCCUCCACUGGGUAGGCAUGACUGAUUGAUUGCUUGAUUGAUGACUGAUUGGUCAAUGGGUACUGUGUGACCCAAAGCCUGCACCCUAAGCCAUGCCGUUGGUCUUUCUGGCAUGGCCAGCCCCCAUCCUAAAUCACAUUGUUACUGAGCAGAGAGGUGUGAGGGAGCCGGGCAGGAGCGCACGGCCAAGACCCCGCACAGGACGACAGCCCUCGGUAGCGUGCAGAGUGGUGCCAGGGGUUUGUUUGAGAACUGACCCCUUCCCACCCCUCUCCUCAGGUGUGAGGCUCUGCAAAGGGAAGUCAGCACCCUGGCAGGACCACUGCCCUGUGGGUGAGCUUCCUUUAGUGGAUGCAUCCCAUCAGCUCGCCUCCUCAUCUCCCGAAUGGACGGUCCUUGCAGGCUUUGCCUGCAAGCCCAGAGGCUGCUGGCCCAAAGGAGGCCCCACCGGCCCUUCUUUGAAUCCUUCAUCCGGGCCCUCAUUAUCUUGUGUGCCCCUCUGUCUGUGGUCGUCUCCUCCAUCUCCAUCUGUGAUGACCACUGGCUCCUGGCUGACAACCGCCUCUUCCGGCUGUGGCGCUUCUGCACCGCCUCCAACCAGACUGGGCUGCACUGUCUCCAAGACCUGAGUCAGGCCCACGUGCCCAGGCUGGCCUCAGGCAUGGCCGUGGCCCACAGCGUGGCCACCUUGGCCGUGGGGGUUGCCAUCUUGGUCCUGGAGCUCCUCAUGGUGUCUCAGGUGUGUGAGGACCCCCAUUCAUGGCGCGAGUGGGCCCUGGGCUCCACCCUCUUCCUUGUCUCGUUCAUCUUCUCCCUCAGGGGCCUCCUGAGCUUCCUGAUCCUUCUCAGGAACCAGGUCACGCUCAUCGGCCUCACCCUGAUGUUCUGGGGCAAGUUCACGGCCUCCUUCCUCUUUUUCCUGAAUGCCAUCAACGCCAUCACCCACUUCAACAGCAUCACCCAUCGGUGGGGCUUGCCUACAAAAUUUUAGGCCCCCCUCUGAGAAUAUUGAAUGCUGCCAGGAAGUGUGGUCAAGAUGGCACUUUUCCAACGUGUGACAUUAAAACUGCCACCUCUUAGCCUUUGGCUGGUUGGGCCAGUGGCCCAGGGGCUUUUGCAGCUGGUCCACCAACCCUGGGGUGCAGCUGGCUCCGUGCCACCAGCUGCAGUCCAGCUGCACCGGCUUAGCCAAGUUAUUAGGACGUUGAUUUUACAAGAAGAAACAUAUUUUUAAGAAAAAUCACAUUGUUACUAUCUGGCUAGUCCCAGACCCCCCAGGCAAACAAAGAUUACCGUCCAGAAGGUGAGAGCAAAGGUCAGACCUCUUUUGGGCAAGGUUAAGUUUUAUUUUAUUUUUCCAGCUUCACUGAGAUAUAAUUGACACAUAACAUUGUGUCGGUUCAAGGUGCAUGUGUUGAUCUGACACAUUUAUAAAUUGUAAAAUGAUUACCACCAUAGUAUUAGCUACCACCUGCAUCCCAUCACAUAGUUAUCAUUUCUUUUUUAUGGUGAGAACAAUUAUCUACUCUCUUAGUAACAUUCAAGGGUAUGAUACAGUAUCAUUAGCUAUAAUUACCAAGCUGUGUAUUAGAUCCCCAAACUUGCUAAUCUUAUAACUGGGAGUUUGUACCCUUUGACCAAUACCUCCCCACCCCCAGCCCCUGGUAACCACUAAAUUCUCAUUACAUACAAGGUCAGCCUGGAAAAGAGAUGUGACUUCUCCAUAUUAGAAGACCCAAGACGAGCCACCUUGCCUCUACGCACACUUAUAGCCUGAGCAGCCUGGAGCCGGUAGGUUGACUUAGAAUAAACAGAGCUAGCAUUAGCUAGCACUUAUUGAGGAUUUUCUACGUGCACGGGCUCAACCGUUUCCGUGCAUUAACUCACCUAACCUUCCCACAUUUUCCACAAGGAAGAAGUAUUCAUGGCCUCAUUUUAUGUAUGAGAAAACCAAGGCAAGGAGAGGUUUAUAACUCACCCACCACACACAGCUGGUAAGGGGCUGAGUCUAGGAUUUGGACACAGGUCUAGGUGACAUCUAAGUCCACACUCUCUGCUACCUGCCUCCUAUAUUCUAAAAUUACGGCGUUCGAUUCAACUGUGAAAAUUAAUGAAAGAAGGGAAACCUCACUAAAAUGGAGUGGGAAGCCAAAACGGGGAGCUCUCAUAAGGGUAUCACUCCAUCAAUACUGAUUCCCAAUGGGAAGAGACAUACCUUGCAUCUCCAGCAGGAAAUGAACUACUUUACUACCUGCAGCAGGAGGAAGAAAGAUUUUCUCCUCCACUGAAAACAGCUGGGCCAAUGAGAGACUGACACAACUCGGCCAAUGAAAAGCCACUGUUCUUUGAACUCCCAGUUUCCUCCAAUGGACAUUUUGUUUAUAACAGCCCCUCCCAACUUCCCCUUCUCUAUAAAAGUUUCCUCUCCUUCCCUUUACCUGGCUUGCCCGUGGUUUACCAUAGUUGCAAUUCUUUGCUGCUUCCCAAUAAACCCAUUUUGCUGGUAAAAUAACUGUUUUGUUGUUUCAGAUUAACAAAAUAUAUUGAGUUCAAAUUCUGGGCUCAGCCACUUAUGGGCUGUGUGACCUUGGUCAGGUCAGGGAUCCUCUCUGAGUCUCAGUGUCCUUAUUGACAGCAGUUAGGAUGCCCCCUCGGUGCCCUCUCCCUCCCUUUGGCCUCCUGACUCUGUCGGUAUUAUUCACCCGACUCGCCCACAAGGCUAGGGACUGCUGGAGGGAAGAAUCGCAACCUAUGUGUUCAUACAGCUCCCACCGCCACCUGCCACACUGCCUGGCUCAGAGGAGGCAUCUGUAAAUGUUUGCUGUUAUUGAAGUACAUUGGAGCGUGCCCCGGAAAGACCAGAAACGAAUCCUGCUGAGCAGGGGGAGGGCUGUGCAGCCAGGCAUCCUCGUAGCUGGGCGCCCACCUGGGAACCUGGUCACACCUCAAGGGGAAAGCACAGACCUUAACCCCCAGGGACCCGGCUGGGUGUAGGCCAAUGUCUCGACUUGCAGUGUGGCCUUAGGCGAGGACGUAACUCCUUUGGCUUUGCUUUUCCCAUUAGUAAAAUAAGGAAGUAGGACUAAACCAUUGGACAGUUAAAGCCUGUUCUCCUACCUCGGCUGAAAGGCCCUCAGGAGCUCUGGUCCGGGUCCUCACAGAGGAAAGGUCUGUGAUGGUCUUUUUGAGAAUGCCUCCUUCUCUCUGGUCUUGAUGGUCUGUUCCUCCUCCUACUGUGCCCCGUCACACACAUGCACGCAUGCAUACAAGGCACACAUAUGCAUACACACGGUGAUGCAUACAAUGGACUGUCACUCAAUAUCCAUUCACCCC